AUGAUUAGAUCUUUAGGUUCAAAAAUCGUUCAUAAAGUUGUUCUUUUCUUUGCAAAACUCAUCAAAAAGAAAUCAAAAAGUGAUGAAAAGAAACGUGUUGAGAAAAGAAGAAGAUCCUCACGUAAAUCUCGAAAGGCAUCUGCUAAUCGCAAUGAAUCUGAAUACGAGGAAUCCGCUAAGGAUGCCGUUAUAGAUAUAUCAAAAGAAUCGGGUGAGGAGACAAAUACGCAAGAUGAAGGAGAAGGGGAAGACGGAGAAGGAGAAGGAGAAGGAGAAGGAGAAGAAGGAGAAGGAGACAAACGUAAACGUAGAUCGACUUUAGCCAAAUUAGAAACAUAUGUGGCUUCAUUAUUUCGACGCCUUCUUGAAAGUAAUAUACCGAUACAUGAUGUUUUAACAUUUAUGACAAUAGGUUACGUGGUUGGUUUUAUAAUAACCAUUAUAUGGUACAAUUGCGUUACGGAAAAAGAACUGAAUGUAGCGCGAUGGGUGUUUUUCACUAUAUUCGGUUUCAUUGCCCUGCUAAUGGGUCAUAGCAAGGAAGUGAGAUGUACAAUCACGUUAGCUAUACCUAUAUUAUGCAGCUCUCGUGGCAGAUCCUUAAUAGUAGCAUUAGCGUUCUUCUUCGCCGUUAGUGGACCAACGGCGAAUAUGUUUAAAAAUAUUGACGUGAUGACUUCAAGCAUAACUUGUGGCCAAAUGCAAUUGAAACAGGCAUUAAGUGACAUGUUGGACACGCUUAAAGUCCCACUAGUGGCCAUCAAAGAGGCUAUACUUGUUGCAAUAAAAGAGUUGAAAAAUGUUAUGAAAAAAGUGCAGUUAGUCCUGUAUCAUAUACAGGAAUUAAUAAUCAUUUUAUUGGCCAGCAUUAAAAACGCAUUUGAUUGGUUACGCAAUAUAGUCAGUAUGUGCAAUAAGGAGUUUGGCACACCAUUUGAACGUUGCAUGAAUACAGCCAACGAUGCUAUGAUCUCUUGUCGUGAAAAACUCGGUCCACUUAAAGCUCUUUGUCAUUUAACCAAAUUAUUUAGCAUGUUUUGUUAUGCGGCGAAGAUUGUCGAUGUUAUCUGUGUAUUAAUAGAUUUUGUUGACGAUGCUAUAAUAGGUGUGGUCAUGAAUAAAUUGAAAGAAUUCGCCAACGAGGUCAAGCGAUUAUUUGAUGUAUCGAUAACUUUUGAUCAUGAUUUCUAUUUUAAGACGACCAGCUCUAAAGAACUGAGUCAAAUACGCGAUGAUAUUAUGAAAGAUAUUAGAAAACAUAUGCAAACAUUUAUUUUAAUAUUCGGUUGGUUGGAUAUUUUGAGCGUUUUAUUGAUGUGCCUUGUCUUAUUUAAAGCGAUUUGGUUUCGUAUGAAAUACGUACGCAAUCCAAGCUAUCAAAAUAAUUUUAUUACCAUUGAGUUUGUUCAAAUUGAUGAGAAGCGUCGCGAACAAGAAAAGGAAAGAGCAUUGCCCUUAACAUUGUGGGAAAGCUUUAAAUAUCCCAAACUCAGCGACUGUCGUUUGACCCGCGUGGAAUUAACACAAAUGGCCAAAUCUGCCGUAUUUCUAACAAUAUCCACUACACAACUAUUUUGUAUAUGUCUUUCGGAUUUCAGUCUAUUUUGGGUUUUGGCUUUGAUAUCGUUUUUCGGUUUAAGACAACGGGGCUUUGAACCCCCUCCUUACAUUACUGUUCAAGUAAACGGUAGCGGUUUUGUGGGGGAAAUUUUUCGCGGUAUUGUGGGUGCUUUUGAACCAAUGUCACAAAAUUACACGGUCGAUACAAAAACCUGUUUACCGUUACCGUAUGAACCAAACUUUACGACAUAUUACUUGAUAGCGUCGUUAUGUUGCUUGGCAUGGAUAUUUUUGCUCUGUCAGCCAUAUGGCUUACGUUUAAGACAUGCCAUCAUGCGUUUGUAUUAUCCAGAUGUGGCCAGGGAGCGUGCUGUAUGGCUUUAUGAUAAAAUUUUGCUAAAUCGCAUGACUUUUUUCAAACUGGCUCGACGCAAAGCUCGGCUUCUUUUCGUUUCUGAUAAAACUGUUGAUGAUUUUUCCUGGAUGGAUUGGAUUAGAGCACGUACCGAAAAGUAUUGGUGGUGUCGUCUUAUCCUGGGUCGCUCCAAAUCUGAAAAAUGUUUACUUUGUGGCACACCGUUAAAAGCUGAUACACGGGUUAAAUGCGAGUCCUUGGGCUGUAAGGCGCUUUAUUGCAAGACUUGUUUUGAAGGUUCUGAGAAUAUAUGCUGCAUUUGUCAUAAUCCGAUGGAAUAUGGUGACUUAAGUGAUUUAUCGGAAAUCAAGGACUCAUCGGAUGAUCCAGAUGUACUUCAUAUUGACGAAACUGAAAAAGAUUGUGUAUUUGCAAAAGUGAAGAGGACUGGAGAAGCAGAAAAGGGCGAAAAAACAAUUUCCGACGGCGGUCGUGGAAAAGCAAAGAAAGGUUUUUCAUCCAAAUUGGGAAAUAUAUCUCGAAUAUUUCCCAGGGCAUGUUGGAAAUCUAAAGAUGAGGAAUCCAAAACUCAUGCUGUUAUUGAAAUGCCAAAAACAUCGGAAGAGAAUUCGGAUAUAGAGAGAUCAGAUGUUGAAAUAGAUAAAACCAAACGUCGGUCGACUGCAAAGGAAGCAGAGGAAACUAGGCGAAAAUCAUCCAUCAAGAAAUAUGGGAAAGAUUCGGUUGACUCAGAUACCAAAGAAGAAAAAUCAAAACGUAGGUCGAGUGGAAAAAAAAUUGACAAAAGCCCGACUGAAGCGGAUACCGAAGAAGGAAAACCUAAACGUAGAUCGAGUCGAAAGAAUGUUGAGAAAGACUCAGGUGACGCGGAUACCGAACAAGAAAAGCCUAAACGCAGAUGGAGUCGAAAAAAGGUUGAUAAAGACCCGGUUGAUUCCGAUAUUGAAGAAGAAAAGCCUAAACGCAGAUCGAGUGGAAAAAAGGUUGAUAAAGACUCGAUUGAUGUGGAUACCGAAGAAGAAAAACCUAAACACAGAUGGAGUCGAAAAAAGGUUGAUAAAAAGCCGCCUGAUUCAGAUACCGAAGAAGAAAAGCCUAAACCUAGAUCGAGUGGAAAAAAAAUUGACAAAGACUCAAUUGACGCGGAUGCCGAACAAGAAGAACUUAAACGCAGAUGGGGUCGAAAAAAGGUUGAUAAAGACCCGGUUGAUUCCGAUAUCGAAGAAGAAAAAUCAAGCGGAGAAAAAAUUGAAAAAGACCCGAUGGACGCGGAUACCGAAAAGAAAAAAAUGCCUAAACGCAGAUGGAGUGGAAGAAGGGUUCAUAAAAAGUCGUUUGGCUCAGAUACCGAAGAAGAAAAACCUAAACGCAGAUCAGGUGAAAAAGGGGUUGAUAAAGAGCCGACUGACUCAAAUACCGAAGAGGAGAAACCUAAACGCAGAUCGAGCGGAAAAAAGAUUGACGAAGGCUCGACUGACUCUACAAAGGAUUGA